AGGAUAGUAGAGGAUUAGACAGUAUAACAGGAUUAGGACACAAAAUAGGAGCCGGGACACAGGGUAUAGGAUUAGGGAGUAUAACAGGAUUAGGACACAAAAUAGGAGCCAGGACACAGGAUAUAGAAUUAGGCAGUAUAACAGGAUUAGGAAACAAAAUAGGAGCAGGAGCACAAGAUAUAGGAUUAGGCAGUAUAACAGGAUUAGGAAAAAAAUAGGAGCAGUGACACAGGAUAUAGAAUUAGGCAGUAUAACAGGAUUAGGAAACAAAAUAGGAGCCGGGACAACCGUAUGCAGUCAAAACAUAAACAAACAAAAUGUGAACAUAUAGCAGACGAAACUCUUACAGGAUGAAUAACAGACAAGUUGUGAGUGAUGGAUUAUCCUUGAAUGGAACAAGUCUUCACAAACUCAGAUAUGGAAAAUCAAUUCAUAAAGUCCGCACAAUAUUGAAUGUUGAGAACUGGUCCAGAUACCCUCUACUAGAUGCUCAGACUGAUACCCAUUGUGGAGAGAUAACUCCAAUAUAUCCAGCUCCUAAUGUGUAUCCAGGAUACAGAGAGGUGAUGGUGGCAGCAUCUUCAAGAGUUUUCUCAGGAACUUGCGGUACAAUCUCGUGGCAGGUUAUUGGAUUAUCUGUCCGCCUAGUGGUAAUGUGGAGUGUACCGUACAACCUCAACCUCCACGAUACGUACAUAGGGAUAGCUAUGGUGUACAACAGUGGAGUCUUUAAAACAUCGAAGUUUUGGUUCAAUAAGAUGUAUUAUUCAGAUCAGGGCCCUCAUUCUAGAGGGCUGGGAGGCAGGGUUUUGAUGUACGAGAAUUCACAUCUCGUUAUCUACGGAUAUAUUGAAUCCUGGACCUAUCAUCCUCUCCUAAAUAUAUCUGUAGUUCCUCAGCGGCAUUCAAACCUGGCUCCCUCAGUUGUUAGUCGUCUUUAUAGGGAGGUUGCCGAGGGAAAGGCUGCAAGUGUUACUGCUGGAGCUGAAAAGGAGAUGUCCGGUCCUGCCAUUGUUUUCAUAUUAAUUAUUAAUGUGUUAUUAAUAGCUGUUGUUCUGUGAUAUUGCAAGAGUUGUGAUGAUGUUAUUUUGAUACUUGCUAAUCUUUAAUAAUUUAAUAAAUUCUAUUGG